GCUGGCAUCUCGCUAUCAGUCUUCCGAGGGAGCGUCGCGACGAUCGACGAGCGGCUAAAAAUCAGCUCGGACCUCUCUUUCCAACUCCCCCUCUUUUUCUCUCUCUCUCUCUUCCAAUUCGUUUUAGCUUUACACGCAUCGACCGCUAAUUAGAACAGAGAGGUCUAGAGAAACAAUCAGGAUCGAUAGCUGACAGAUCGCUCGACGAUCGCACGCUACCCCCCUCCAUACAGUUCGACCAACCCUCCUCGAGUACCUUUCUUUUUUUUAACAUAAUAAUUCCCAAAUUUCGAGACAACGAUCGUGUUAUAACAACGGUUGUAACGUUGCAUGGUGGUUCACGCGAGCGAGUUUUAACGUCGAACGAAGAUAUAUAAUCGAAAGAAGAAUAGAGUGAAGUAUAAUAUACCAGUGAUAAGGAGCAAGUUUCGCGAUCCAGCUGGAACGUAUUGUCGGAAGCUGUGGAUAGAAUGACGAUCGGUGUCAUCGAGAUAGACGAAGUGAAGUCAUCGAACAGACGUGUCAGGGUCGUGAGACACGAAGCAACGCUUGUCGGUUUAUUUUUGCGCCCCUGUCACCGUGCACACCAGCAAUAUCACCACAACGAUAAAUAACGCAACGGCGAUGCCAACGUGUGACAGGUCGACGCGAUCGGCAAUGAAAUAAAAAUCGAUCGGUGACUAAGUAUCAAUGCGAGUACAGAACCGCAGGACACGGAAGAAUCGAUGCAUCGAUUCGGAUUUCAUCCACCUUUUCGUCCCUUAUUUAGUUCUCGUAUACGAAGCACGCAACUGUCGCGUUUCGUCUGGGAUGGUUGGUUUGACAAAUUCGCGAGUGAUUAUUGGUGGUGAUAGUUAUUGUUUCGCGAGUGGUGAAUCUUGAUUCAAGGAGGAAGAGCGUCGAACGAACGAACGUGUGACAUGGGGAGCGACUGCUGCAAGUGCGCCAAUGGCAACAAACCUGCCAUUACCGGAUCGUUUAGAAACCGUUCUGGAUACCGGCUACGCGGAGAUGUACCGAUACCAUCCGAUCGAUAUAGAGUACAAAUGAGAGGCAACGUCGUCCAGUUGACUCUGAAGCAAUCGCAAAAGGACGACACAGGACACUAUGCUCUGGUGGCUACGAGAGUUGAUCAAGGAUUCGACAAAGGAUCUUCCAAGAAAAUUCACCUCAGCAUCGAUGAAGCUUCGGAAGAGGGUGAUCCACCAGUCUUCUUACGAAGAUUGACAGAUCUUGCAGUUAAAGUUGGCACCAGGACCAGAUUCCUCGUGGAAAUCCGGAGUUCGACCACACCGCAGAUCACUUGGCACAGAAAUGCCGAGCCGGUCCACGCGGGUUCAAGAUUCUCUUUCGUCCACGAGGGAAAUUUCUAUUGCGUGGAUGUGGCACCUGUCACGGUCGAGGACGAAGGACACUGGACCUGCAUGGCGGAAAAUCGAGGCGGACGAUCAUCCUGCACCUCCCGUCUUACCGUAAUCGUUCCAAAAGCGUACAAAAGGCCAGAAUUCGUCGAGGAGCUUCGAGCUCUUCUUACAGAGACAGGUACGGUGUCCUUGGAGUGUAAAGUAGUCGGUGUACCUACGCCGGUGCUAAGAUGGUUCAAGGACGACAAAGAAAUCAAGGCUGGUGAUGUCUUCGCUUUAACUGCCAACCUCGAUGACCCAACCUCCCUUGGCAUUUAUACUUGCGAGGCAGUAAACUGCAUGGGAAUUGCUUAUUCUUCUUCAAAAGUACACGUGGUUGGGAAAGGCAGUAGGGAAGGUUCGUUGAAGCCAGCGGAUUCCUUAACACCAUCCGGUCCUCUUCCUACUUUCACGAAGAUUCUGCAGGACGAAUGUUGCAGGAUUGGGGACACUCUCCGGCUUUCUUGCCAAGUUCAAGUACCACCAUGGCCGAAAGCAAUUACGUGGUACAACAAAGAAGGACGCAUCGAGCCGAGCGAGAAAUACCACGUGAUGGAAGAUGGCCUUGGUGGAUAUUUCAUAGAGGUAAGCCCUGUGGAAGCCAUGGACGAGGGUGAGUGGAAGUGCGUCGCUACCAGCGCUGAGGAUAUGAAACAGUUUACUACUUGCUACGUUGCAAUGUCCAUUCCAAAGAACUACAGGAAACCCCGCUUCAUGGAAAGCUUGAAAGCUGUCCUGACAGAAGAAGGUCUGGUGUCCUUUGAGUGCAAAGUUGUAGGAUUCCCCACGCCAUUGCUGAGGUGGUUCAAAGACGGCCAGGAACUAAAACCAGGAGAUGUUUAUCAAUUAACCGGGACCAACUCCUUAGGAUCCUAUUGUUGCAUCGCAAGAAAUUGUAUGGGAGAAGCAAAAAGUACAGCCGAAUUAACGAUCGAAGAUAUACAAAAUCAAUUAAACGAAGAAGAACGUCUGCAACUUUUAAGCACAAAUCAGCCGCCCAUUUUCAUCAAAGGUCUUAGAAGUUGCGAAGCGAGAAUUAACGAAGAUUUCCGAUUUACGGUGCAAGUCAGUAUUUCGCCCGAGCCAAGCCUAGCUUGGUACAGGGACGACCAGCCAGUGGAGGAGAGCGAGAAGUACCAGGUUGCCAAGGAAAAUCUUGGCACUUGCCAUCUCGACGUACAAAAGCUCGAGUUUCUCGAUCAGGCCGAAUGGAAGUGUGUAGCUUCCAACGAUCACGGUCAAAGCGUCACUUCCUGUUUUCUCAAAUUAAUCAUUCCCAAGCACUACAAGAAACCCAAGUUUCUUGAGAGUUUGCGCGCCAUAUUAUCGGAAGAAGGCGCGGUAAAUUUAGAGUGCAAAGUGAUCGGUGUGCCUCAACCGAUUCUGAAAUGGUACAAGGAUGGAGUCGAGUUAAAGCCAGGAGAUAUUCACAGGAUCAUUUCUGGACAAGAUGGCACCUGUUGUUUGGGCACUUACACCUGCGAAGCGACAAAUUGCAUGGGAACUGUCAGCAGUUCAGCGUCCCUUCUUGGCUUCGAAGAUAAACUCCCGGUUCAAAAAGAAGCGAAAGAACCACUGUCACCGAACGGUCACGAACUCGCUAGGAACUUGUCACUUUCAACGAUUCACGAAGAAAGAACGUCCCAGUUAUACGAUACACCACAAACCGAUCAUUCCGUCACGUUGGACGAUCGAGGAGAAGUAUCCUUCAGUUUCGAUGGUAAAGAGGUUUCCGUUAGCUUAUACGAAACACCUGAUCUCACUGAGGAAGAAGCUCUUCAGAUCGUUGAGAUGUACGCUGAUCAAUUAUCUGAACACGUAACAGAGCACAACGUGAUCGAACUGCCGCCAAUGCGAUUCGUUAAGGAGUCUUCGAAUUCCGGAAACCUCUUAAUGGAAGCAGUGGUAAUCGACGUGUCUCCGGAUUAUUUCGUCAGCGCGGAAGAUGGCGACGACCUUCGUACAGAAGCCGACUUCGAGGACGUGUCUAUCAUGGACGACGUAACCCGCGUCUUCUCCUCCCCGGAUCAAGACUCACGCAGCUCUUUAAAACGAUCUGCCAGGUAUAGCCUGGAAGAAGAUGACAAACCACCGACGAGACCUCCGAGAAAAAAAUCGAGCUCCUCGUCCAAAAGUGAGAAGAGCGAGAAGAGCCACAAAAUGGAGUCAGAAAGCUUUCACAGCGCUCAAAAAGACGAACCGUUUUCACCAGUGUCUCCAAUGUCACCGGUUUCUUCGUUGAAACAAGACGACAGCGACACUUUCGCUGAUGCACUGUCUUCAGCAAGACUUUCCAUCUCAGAGAAUCAAGUUCAAAGAUUGUACGAAGAUGGACGAGAAAGGAAACGCAGUCUGAGUGCAGAGAAAACAGCUGGCUCGAGCAUAGACGAUGGAAUUGGCGGGGAUUCUUCCUUCGAUUCCGUCACUGGUGCCCCGAAGAAGAAAAAACACCGAAAGAAGAAGCAUAAAAGAGAGAAAGGUAGCUCGGAAGAGUCGUCCAUUGGCAGCGAAAUCGAUGGAAAACGAAGAAAAAGUGGAUCAGCAGGCGCCAAUACCGAGAUGCUUCAACGUAUAGAGUCUAUAAACAAGACCGAAGAACCUUACGUUGAAGACGUGGCUGAUAAAUCUAGCGAGAAGAAACAGACGACCAGUGAAUCUGACAAGUCAUUAUCGAAAAGUAACAAGGAAAGAUUGUUGGAUAAUAUGAGGAAGCUCAAAGAACCUGUUUUUAUUGUUAGAGACACUUUAGUGAGCAUCGACAAUCUGGAAACUAAAUUGAACGCUGGUAGCGAAGAAGAGUGUAAGAUGAUCGUGACGAAGAACAUUAUCAAACCCAUUCAAAACUUAUGCGAAGAAGUGUCUUCUAUAGAGUCAAAAGCAUUGAAGAACGCGGGUGACAGAUCUUUGAAUCAAACCAUUCGAAUUUCUUUAUUGGAAGCUAUCGGUGGUCCGACAGAAGAGCUUCUUCGUGGAAUGGAAUUAAUAGAACGUCAGGAAAACGUGAAAAAUCGUAAGAUGGAUUUAAUUGCUAUUUUGGAGAGCCUGACAGACCCAGUGGAUGAGAUUCUUAUGGGAAUCACGAAGCUCGAACAUGAGCUAACUGGACGAGCAAAGGGCGAGAGACCGAUUGCUUUAAUCAGGAUGAUUUCUGCAGUUUCUAAGCUCGAUGAAAAUGUCAGGAAUGUUUUAACUGUGGACAAACGAACUACAAGGGUGGUAGCAAACUUACAGGAUAUUCUCAAUACUUUAGACUUCUUUUUGAACGAUGUUUCUGUGGAUCCAACUAAAGGAACGAUAGAAACUGUGGAUACGGUAGUGGUUGAAUCUCUUUCGAAGUCUAUAGAAGACAUGGCGCGAGCUCUCAGUCGUUUUUCCACCAUCGAAGCAAAAGCAGACGGUGCUUCUAACAUUGCAGAAGAACUUAUUCCUCCAACGCGCGAAUUAAAAGCAAAAUUAGAUACGUUAAAGUCUGCCUUGGAGACUUACGAAACGAGGGGCAUCUUAUCCGAGCAUCGAACGAAAUUGAUCGAGUCUCUUCAAGAAUCCACUGAACAAACAAUCGUUGAAAUUCAAAGAGUAAAAGACAAGAAGCCAAUGGAAGAUCAGAAAAGGAUAGUCGAAGAGCCUAAGCAAGAUAUUCUAAAGGAAGUGAGAUUGAGCCUUCAGGAAACGUUGAAAACGUACGAAAACAUUGCUGAUACUCUGGAUCCUCGGCUCUGCUCCAUUUUCGACCGAAUUGACGAAAUGUACAGAAGACUGAGGACACCACAAAGACGAGAAAUUGGCCUGGAAUCUCUGACAAGUCUGGAAGGUCCUUUGUAUUCUCUUCAGUGCGCUCUAACCUCGAUUUCCACCGCGGAAAAUUCUGAAACGAUAUCUAAACUCUUGGAACCCGCCAUUUCCCAGUUAAAAUCAACAAUAAUUAAUUUGAACGAGAAUUCUUUGCAAUAUAUAUUGGAAAUGGUUAAUAACAUCGAGCGAAUUAUUUAUAAAACGGACAGCGAAUUGGAAGAAAGUACAUCUUCGAAAUCGAUACAGGAACAGCCUCACAAUUUGACAGAUAGAGUCCUGGAUCCUUUGAUAGAUGUGCAAGCAGCUUUAAGCACUGCUCUACAGAAUAUAGAAGACGUCGAAUCUGUUACAAAUGGAGCAGCUAGUUCUCAGAAAUUAUUAGCUUCUUCCGAAAUAGCUGUUUGUCUCGUAGAGCUCAGACAAUAUAUAUCUGACGCAGUUCAUACAGCGAUGACCUUGAGAGAAGAUGAAACGAUAAAUAGCCUGAUAGAUCUGAAGGAUCCAUUGCUGGAUCUUCAAACGGCUCUUGUUUCCAAAGGAAGGACUUUCCAGGAGCUUCCAGUGAUUCGCAAAAUGUCGAUUCCAGUAGAAAAACUGAAGAUCGUUGUAUCGAAAGCAUUAAAACACUCCAUAUCAGAAGAAGAUAUCAAUUCGAUAAAAGAUCUUUGGAAAAUGAUAGAAGAGAUUGAAACUCAAUUACCAAAGACAAUAUCUCAGUUAGUGGAAGCUGAAGAAGCGACAAAACAUAUUUUGGACAGUUUGAACGUCGAUCAGAAUCUCAGUAAUGUUCACUUUGCUUUGUCUUCGGCGUUGGAAAGGCAAGAAAAGAGCUAUCCUAAUUAUACCUCGUGCCUCACAAUAUCUGUAGAAGAUCUAAGACAAAGUAUUGGAUCUUCAGCAGUAGCGAUUGCUAAUUUAAAGAAUCCAGUAGACGAACAGAUUGUAGAACAGGUUUCUUUGCUAAAAGAAUGUCUGUUGAGCCUGCAGAGAUCUUUAUUGACCCAAGAACAUGAACCUGAAGAGGAACAAAUUUUAAAAGAUUUAAUAAGUCCAAUCGAGAAAUUGAAGAGAUUGGUUCAAACUAUGGUAAACACCGACGCAAGAACAGACGUAAUUCUUCCAGUUUUGGAAUUACUCGAAGAAAUAGAGAAAGACACGCCAUUAAUUGCAAGGGAGGCAUCAAAAAAGAAAGCUAAAAGAGAAGCAGAAAAAUUAAUUCCGAAGAAGGAAGAACCAAAGAAACAGAAAGUUCAGUCGUUUGGUUUAGCAGAUAGGAUCUCUCGAUCCUUAUAUCCUAUGAAACAUUGGUUAUCAAAUGCAUCUGAAGAAAGCACGAAGGACGAAGAAGAAUCUGCUUUAAGUUCAACCGUCGAUGAGUUGAAGAAAGACGUAAACAAAAUUGCUAUUGAAACAUCGUAUUCUGAACCUCCAAGUGACGAAAAUUUGAUAGAGGCUUUGGCAGAUCUUCGUGAACCUUUAACAAGGUUACGAAAUGCUAUAUCGAUGUACCAUGAACCAGCAGAUUUGACAACUUUAGAGGAAUUGGGCAGACCAAUGAAGCAUCUCCUGCAGACUAUCAUGGACAUCCUUAAAGACCACGCUGGAGAAGAAACACUUCAACCUAUAGUGGAUAUCGUGGAAGAAAUUGAAAAUCAGAUACCUAUUUCUAUCAAAGAGGCUCUUUACAGGAAAGAAUUGAAAGAAAUGGUACAAUCAAUGACUCAAGAGAAGAUGGUGGAAGCAACGACGUCUCAAGAAACCAUUCAAGAAGAGUCCAUUCCUCAGGAGACUAUUCUUCCAGAAAGAGAAGAAAUUACAGCACACGUCUCUCAAGAAACUAUUCCUGAGGCAACUCUAAUGGAAAGCACUACGAUAUUGCUUGAAACGCAGUUUACUGAAUCGAUAGCUGAACAGACUGCAGUCGAAGAAAGUUCUCAAAGAACAGAACAGUUAAUUACAACGAUAGAAGAAUUACCAAAGGAAAAGAAAGAUAUGAAGAAAGCGAAGAAAGAAGAAGAAGCAAAAAGCUUGGUUGUUUCUUUGUUUAAAACGCUGGAAAGUGUUCAGGUAGAUAUAACAGGAAUUUUGGAAGAUUUUGAAGAACCUACAGCUGGAACUACCAUUGUUCCAGUUUCUAUACUAGCUAAUUCCGUGGAAGAACUAAUGAAGACGAUUUCUGAGAUGAGAGUAACAACUGGAACCUAUGGAACAUCGGUUAAUUCCUACGAAGAAAUAGUUAGUCAGACUGUAUCUGUGCUAAGGAACCUUCUCCAACCUUUGAACAAUCUUCAGAAAGUUCUCCAGCAGUCACACCAGCAUGGUGCCCAAGAACUGUUAAUCUUGAACCAUUUAAUUCAUCCUUUGAACGUGAUCGAAUCUGAAGUGAUCAAUAGUGCAAUCGAGAAACUUGAUCAAAAUUCUGAUCUGAAGAAAAGUUGUGAACCUAUUUUGAAUCUUCUCAGAGAUAUCAAAGAUACGGUACCAAUCGUUGUGAAAGAUAUUCAUUCUAGGCAAGAGCUUCUUGGAUCUCUUCGUGAGAUUUCGAAACCUCUAGAAAAUAUCGAGGAACAAAUGAAAAUUCUUGAAGCUCAAGCUGAUGUUACUCUGGAAACAGAUGUAGCCAGAAUUCUGGUGAAGCCUUUGGAUUAUUUAUUAAACACAGUAAACGUAACUUCGCAAGAGCUUGAGCUCUUAGAUCAGCGAAGAGAAAUAAUUGUAGAAUUUCGAACUCUUGUUGAACCUUUAGUGGAAUUUUUGAGCAGUCUUUCGGUCGUUCAGAGUAGCAGAAAAAGUUUAGUUCCAGAAUCAGCCUUGUUAGACGAAAGACGAAGCGUUAUUUCAAAGGCAGUCGAAGGUUUACAAAGACAAACUUCAACCAUUUUAGAAAGAAUUUCUAAUUUAGAAGGAGCCACACUUUUUGAAGGUGCAUUGAGUUCACUCAAGAAUGCUACUAUCUCUGUUCAACAACAAAUUGGUGGGACUGAUUAUUCAAGAAGAUCUAGCAACGAAUUUACUCUUCAAUAUAAUCUGUCGAGUUCGUUUAAUCAUUUGAAGAAUACAAUUGCAGUUUUGGACAAGAAUGUGGAUAAAUCUGUUCAUCAAGUGAUUUCGAAGUCGCUGGAAGCUUUAGAGAAGCAAAUUACGUUAUCAGAAACACAUUUCAUGCAAACGUUCACUGAACAAGCGGUAGAUGAAGAAGCUAUCGUUGAAGGAUUUUUGUAUCCGACUAAUCAACUUAAGUCAGCUUUGAAUGUAUUAAAGGAAAAAAUUAAUCAAAGGUCGAUAUCCUCUGUUUCUGUCCAGACUGUGACUCUUCUUCAGGCUCUGGCUAAUUCUACGACAGAGUUAGCUUCCUCUUUGUCUCUUCAUCGGGUCAGGUUAAUAAGAGAACGAGCUUCUGAAGGUUCUUCGCUUGUCGAAACCUUGUCUGCUAUGGUGGAUGUUUUGGAGAGUGUGAACGAUUCUAUAAGAGAAAUUGAAAUGGUGGCGAAUGUAGAGAAAAUUAUGACAGAAGAGAAAGAAGAGAAUAUUUCGCCUGAUGUCCCUAUUACUAUUACACAGAUUGAAACUAUUGUCGAUGAGAUUAUUGAAGUUUCAAGGGAAGAAGUGGAAAGUGUGUUAACUAUUGAAAAAGUACCACCUGAAGAAGAACCAUUGAAGAUAGAGGAAAUAAAAUCUGAAGAGAAAAUUCAGGAGCUUCGAGAACAGAAAACAGGAAAAGUUAAAUGUCCGGAACCAAUGAAAGAAGAAACGGUCGAUACCUUUGAAGUAAUGAAAAAGGAAAUAACAAAAGCGCGCGAAACGACCGGAGAGGGAAAGUUCAAAGUUCUUCAAGUAAUGGAAAAAGAAAAAGUUGAAGCCUCUGAAGAAGUGACAGAAGAAAAAGUCGAACUUCUUGAGGGAACAACAGAAGAGAAAGCUAAAGCUCUUGAAGUAACUGAAGAGGAAAAGAUCAAAGUCCAAGUAAUAGGAAAAGAAAAAGUUGAAACCCUUGAAGGAGUGACAGAGGGAAAAGUCGAACUUCUUGGAGAGACAAUAGAGGAGAAAGCUAAAGCUCUUGAAGUAACUGAGGAGGAAAAGAUCAAAGUCCAAAUAAUGGGAACAGAAAAAGUUGAAACUCUUGAAGAAGUGACAGAAGGAAAAGUCGAACUUCUUGAGGGGACAACAGAAGAGAAAGCUAAAGCUCUUGAAAUAACUGAAGAAGAAAAGAUAAAGGUACAGGCAAUGGGAAAAGAAAAAGUUGAAACCCUUGAAGAAGUGACAGAAGGAAAAGUCGAACUUCUUGGAGGGACAAUAGAGGAGAAAGCUAAAGCUCUUGAAGUAACUGAGGAGGAAAAGAUCAAAGUCCAAAUAAUGGGAACAGAAAAAGUUGAAACUCUUGAAGAAGUGACAGAAGGAAAAGUCGAACUUCUUGGAGGGACAAUAGAGGAGAAAGCUAAAGCUCUUGAAGUAACUGAGGAGGAAAAGAUCAAAGUCCAAAUAAUGGGAACAGAAAAAGUUGAAACUCUUGAAGAAGUGACAGAAGGAAAAGUUGAACUUCUUGGAGGGACAAUAGAGGAGAAAGCUAAAGCUCUUGAAGUAACUGAGGAGGAAAAGAUCAAAGUCCAAAUAAUGGCAACAGAAAAAGUCGAAACCCUUGAAGAAGUGACAGAAGGAAAAGUCGAACUUCUUGGAGGGACAACAGAGGAGAAAGCUAAAGCUCUUGAAGUAACUGAAGAGGAAAAGAUCAAAGUCCAAAUAAUGGGAACAGAAAAAGUCGAAACCCUUGAAGAAGUGGCAGAAGGAAAAGUCGAACUUCUUGGAGGGACAACAGAGGAGAAAGCUAAAGCUCUUGAAGUAACUGAAGAGGAAAAGAUCAAAGUCCAAAUAAUGGGAACAGAAAAAGACGAAACCCUUGAAGAAGUGGCAGAAGGAAAAGUCGAACUUCUUGGAGGGAUAACAGAGGAGAAAGCUAAAGCUCUUGAAGUAACUGAAGAGGAAAAGAUCAAAGUCCAAAUAAUGGGAACAGAAAAAGUCGAAACCCUUGAAGAAGUGACAGAAGGAAAAGUCGAACUUCUUGGAGGGACAACAGAGGAGAAAGCUAAAGCUCUUGAAGUAACUGAAGAGGAAAAGAUCAAAGUCCAAAUAAUGGGAACAGAAAAAGUCGAAACCCUUGAAGAAGUGGCAGAAGGAAAAGUCGAACUUCUUGGAGGGACAACAGAGGAGAAAGCUAAAGCUCUUGAAGUAACUGAAGAGGAAAAGAUCAAAGUCCAAAUAAUGGGAACAGAAAAAGUCGAAACCCUUGAAGAAGUGACAGAAGGAAAAGUAGAACUUCUUGAGGGCACAAUAGAAGAGAAAGCUAAAGCUCUUGAAGUAACUGAGGAGGAAAAGAUCAAAGUCCAAAUAAUGGGAACAGAAAAAGUUGAAUCCCUCGAAGGAAUGACAGAAGGAAAAGUCGAACUUCUUGAGGGGACAACAGAGGAGAAAGCUAAAGCUCUUGAAGUAACUGAGGAGGAAAAGAUCAAAGUCCAAAUAAUGGGAACAGAAAAAGUUGAAUCCCUCGAAGGAAUGACAGAAGGAAAAGUCGAACUUCUUGAGGGGACAACAGAAGAAAAAGCUAAAGCUCUUAAAGUAACUGAAGAAGAAUCGAUAAUAGUACAAGCAAUGGGAAAAGAAAAAGUUGAAACCUCUGAAAGAGUGAUAGAAGAAAAAGUCGAACUUCUUGAGGGGACAACAGAAGAGAAAGCUAAAGCUCUUGAAGUAACUGAAGAGGAAAAGAUAAAAGUACAAGCAAUGGGAAAAGAAAAAGUUGAAACCUCUGAAGGAGUGACAGAAGAAAAAGUCGAACUUCUUGAGGGCACAACAGAAGAGAAAGCUAAAGCUCUUGAAGUAACUGAAGAGGAAGAGUUCAAAGUUCUCCAAGUAAUGGGAAAAGAAAAAGUUGAAUCCCUCGAAGGAAUGACAGAAGGAAAAGUCGAACUUCUUGAGGGGACAACAGAAGAAAAAGCUAAAGCUCUUGAAGUAACUGAAGAAGAAAAGAUAAUAGUACAAGCAAUGGGAAAAGAAAAAGUUGAAACCUUUGAAGGAGUGACAGAAGAAAAAGUCGAACUUCUUGAGGGGACAAUAGAAGAGAAAGCUGAAGCUCUUAAAGUAACUGAAGAAGAAAAGAUAAUAGUACAAGCAAUGGGAAAAGAAAAAGUUGAAACCUUUGAAGGAGUGACAGAAGAAAAAGUCGAACUUCUUGAGGGGACAAUAGAAGAGAAAGCUGAAGCUCUUGAAGUAACUGAAGGGGAAAAGAUCAAAAUCCAAGUAAUGGGAAAAGAAAAAGUUGAAACCUUUGAAGGAGUGACAGAAGAAAAAGUCGAACUUCUUGAGGGGACAAUAGAAGAGAAAGCUGAAGCUCUUGAAGUAACUGAAGGGGAAGAGAUCAAAAUCCAAGUAAUGGGAAAAGAAAAAGUUGAAACACUUGGAGGAGUGGCAGAAGGAAAAGUCGAACCUCUUGAGGGGACAAGAGAUGAGAAAGCUGUAGCUCUUGAAGUAACUGAAGAGGGACAAGUCGGCACUCUCCAAAUAAUAGGAACGGAAACACUUGCAUCUCCUGAGUUGGUAGAAGAAGAAGUUGAAGUUUUGAAAGAAAUGAAAGAAGAAGCAGCUAUGGCUCUUGUAUCUCCUAAAUUAGUACAAGAGAGUAAAAUUGAAAGUAUUAAAGUAAUGAAAGUCGGAAAAGUCGAAUCGGUUGAAGGAAUGGAAGAAGAAAAAGCUGGAGAUCUUGAGAUAACGAAAGGAGAAGAAUCAGUAGUAAUACACAAAUCAACAGAAGAAUUGUCGAAAACAGAGGAAAGAGUUGAAGUGUUAUCCGAAGAGACAAAAGAAGGUGCUGGCCAAAUAUUAUUUGAUAUGACAGAGAAACUAUCGAUAAAAGAGGAAAAAGUCGAAACUGUACCUCAGAUGACGGAAGAAAUGCCAGAAGCUGUGGUAAAAGUAGAAGCUCCACUUGACGAAACCGAAAAGUUGGUAGAAGAAGCAAUUUUAACAGGUGAAGUAGUACUGCCGGUUAAAACUGUGGACGAAAAAAAAACAUCGUCUGAAAAAGUGGCUAUAACAGAAAAAUUAAAGGGAGCAUCUGAUGUUGAAGAAUCUAUGGAAGAAAUAGUCGCACAAACGAUAGAGCCAGAACAAAAAAAAAGAAGGACUGAAACAGCAGUCGAAAGAAUGGAGGAAGGAAAAAUUGAAAAAGAAGAAGUGGUAAGUCAAGUAAUAAAAAUUGAAGAAUCUAAAAAAUCAGAAGAAUUAAGACAAAAGCAUGACGCCAAAGAGCAAGUGUUUGAAAAAGUAGAGGAAACACUAAAAACAGAAAGAGUCGUAGAAGAAUCACUAGAGAAAACAAAAGAAGAAACAAGAGAAUCAGCAAUUAAAGAAUCAAACGAAGUAGAAAGACAAAGAGAGAUAAUGGAAGCUUUAGAACAAAUAGAAGACUUAGCAAAAGCAGAAGAAAAGGCAGAGGAGGAAAGAAAACAGGAAAAAAUCAAUCUGAUACAAAAGACAGGCUCGUUGAUCAGUGCUCUACAGCAACCUUUCAAAGAACUAACCAGUCUCGUGUCUGUAGCUCUAGAUGAACCUCUUUCUUCAAGAUCGGAAGAAGAAAAACGAAGAAUUCGAGAAUUAACAGCCCUCAUACAAAUCCUUUACGACUUAAAAGCAACCAGCGCGUCGAUUCAAAAUACAUUAUCUUCCUCUUCAAUCUCAGAACUUAAAACGCAAUUUAUUCGUCUGUUGGAAUCUUUAAUAAACGUAGAUCAAGCCACAGAAAAGAUUCUUCGUUUGACUCAAAAAGAGUUAGCACCAGCACUGAAAGAAAACGUAAUGGUAUCCUUGCAAAUACUUUCAGAACCUCUAAAAUCUCUUCAACGAGAACUCUCUUCUAUCCAAGGAGCAACUUCUCAGCUUCCUACAGAUUGUAUUCCACUACGUGGAAACGCACAAAAUGUAAACGAAGCGAUUUCUGAACUCGUAAAGGUCAUUCAACAGACUACUGAAACGAAGAGUAUGAAAGUGGUCGAAGAAAUCAAAGUGAUGGCGAAAACGAAAGAAGAAAAUUUGGAUAUCGAGGAAACCACAGCAAAACCUCUUGAAGAACUGAUAGAAGUCCUCAUGGUCUCUCAAGAACAAGUGAAACUAGAGGAUGCCUCGCCACUUGGUUCUGCUCCGCCUUCCAUAAAAUCAGCUGAAUUAACCAAACAGCGAAAAUUAGAAGCAGAUAUCGCGAAGAAGAUAGUCAGUCCAAUACAAAAUCUUCGUGAAGCGAUUGCAAAGAUCGAGGAAGAGAAAUUUGAAGAAACUGAACAAUUGGAUUUGCCUACAAAGACAGCUGCAAUUAUCUUGAGUACUAUUAUUUAUCCUUUGGAAAAAUUGAAACAAUCUUUGGAUAUCUCUUCUCAGCAACAAACUGUAGAACAAGAAGAAAUUACGGAAGAAACACAAUCAAACGUUCCAUCUUUGCAUUCGCUACCAGUAGCCAAUAUUCUAGAAGAAUUGGAGAGAUCCAUCGCCACAAUUCAAGAAGAAAUGAUCCUCGAAGCAAAUGAGGAAAUGAGCACAUCAGAGAAUAAGGCGUUAAUUGUAAAAGAAAUAGACAAAUCGCUAGAAAAUCUCAAAUUUUCAAUCGGUGCGGUACAAAAAAUAGUAACUUUUGAAACUGAAAGUGCAGGAACAUUUUCCAAUAUAGAAGAGACACCGGCAGUCGAAACAUUCAUUGAAUCGGUGAAUGAAUUAGGAGAAAAAUGUACAGCGAUUGUCAGUUCUCCUCCAGUUAAGAUAGAAUGUCCAGAAGAAAUUCGAAAAGAAGAAUUGGAACAAAUUUUAGAAAUGAUGAGUCAGCCUAUUCAACUGUUGCGUGAAACAGCUUCUGAGAUUGAAGAACAGAAGACUGAUGAGGUACGAGCUUUAGAUGAAACAAGCAAAAACGUAGUAGAAGCUUUGAAACCUCUGGUGCAUCCUUUAGAAGAAUUAGAACAAUUAUUAUGCACAGCAAUUCAACAAAUUCAUCCAUCGAAAGAUGAAAAGACUGAAGAAAUAAAGAGUACUACUUUACCUACGGAGCAAUUAAAGGUUAGUCCUGUAUUGGAAGAACUGCAGAAAUCAAUUGUUAUGAUAGAAGAACAGAUAGCUGUACAACCGAAAAAACUUGAUGUGUCCACUACAAAAGUGGAAGCUUCUGUUGCUGAAUUGAUAGAAAGUCCAUUAAAAACUCUCAAAUCUGCUGUGACAGCCAUUCAAACUCUUGAGGCAAAAGAAACCAAAGAAUUAACCAAUGAAGAGAAAACAACAGCCCUGAAAACUCUUGCCAAGUGUGUGGAAAAGAUAGCAAAUGUGUCUUCGGUGAUUCCUAGUCAACAGAAAGUUGAAAUUAGUAUUUUGCAACAGCCACAAGUUGCUAAGAUAGAUAUACAAGAAUUUGGACAGCAAGCUCUCGAUAAUAUAGCAAGUCCGAUUCAAAUUUUACGUGAGACCAUUUCCAAACUUGACGAACAGCAGACACAAGAGACUGAAGCUUUAAUUAUGUCAGAAACGAAAGAAAUCGCUGGUGUUUUACAUACCUUGGUCGAACCUUUGGAACAAUUAGAAAAAUCUUUGUCAGUGGCUGUUCAAGAGACGAGUAUCGUUAAAGAAGAAUCUACUUCAGACUUGAAGAAUGUCCAAUCCUCUAUGAAGUUGAAUGUCGGGCCCGUUUUAGAGCAGUUAGAAAAGUCUAUUGCUGUAAUUCAAGAACAAGUUUCUUUGGAACCUACUAAAGAAGAAUCGAAAGAUAAAUUGGUAGGUUCUGUCGCGAAGACUAUAGAAGAACCCUUGGAACAAUUGAAAUCUUCAGUAGCAGCUAUUAAGGAGAUAAUAUUGGAAACUGAACAAACGGGUGAUUUAUCAGACGUAGACAAAACUUCAGUUCUAAAAUCGUUCGCAAAAUCUGUGGAAGAAAUCGGUGAAAAAUGUUUAGCAGUAAUUUCCCAGCAACAGAUUGGCAUACAACUAGUCCCCAAAAAAGUAAAAGAGUCUCAAGUGGAGAUACUAGACAUGGCUGUCAGUCCUCUUCAACUAUUUAGGGAAACUAUUAUGAAAAUCGAAGAAGAAAAAUUGCAACAGGUGGAAACUCUCGAUUCUUCCAAAAUGGCUGCAUCAGAAAGUGCUUUGAAGAUCCUGAUAGAACCACUACAAAGAUUAGAAACUUCGCUAUCUUCCACUGUUCAACAGGCAGUUUCGAUGGAACUCAACAAAAUUGAGGAAAUAUCUCAAGUAGCUCCACCUUUGCAAAAACUGGAUAUUCAACCUAUCGUGGAAGAACUUCAGAAAUGCGUAGCAUCGGUACAAGAACAAGUAAAAUUGCAAACAGUGGCAGAGCACUCCAUCGAGGAGGCUUCUAUCAUGCAAGCCACAGAAAAAUCGCUGGAAGACUUAAAUUCUUCUCUCGCGAUCAUUCAGAGUGUGGUAUCCACUGAACCAGGCGUAGAAGAAACACUGUCGGAGACAGAGAAGGUGACAGCGCUGCAACACUUCGCGAAAUCGGUGCAAGAACUAGAAGAAUGCAUGGCUAUGGUCAGUCAGCAUCAAGUGGGCGCGACGGAGACAGUAAUGGAGUCGACAGAAGCUGAAAAACUGGAGACACAAGUUCUCGAGACGAUUAUCGUGCCGAUUCACACGCUGCGCGAGACUAUUAUGAAGAUACAGGAAGAGAGCACUGAAGAAAUUGGCACGUUAGAAUUGCAAGAAGGGAAUGUGCAAACGUUGACUCCUUUGAUGCAUCCUCUACAACAGUUAGAAAGAUCUUUGGUGAAUGUGGUUCAACAAGCAAGUGACCAAAAACUUGAAUCCGUGGAACAAAUUCAAAAAGAAACUCCACAGACUAUUGUCCUUCGACCAAUUUUGCAAGAAUUAAAAGAAAGCAUUGUUAAUAUUCAAGAACAAUUAGCUACGAGCCUUGAAGAGUCUUCAAAAUUGGAGACUGCGAAGAAUAUAAAUGAAGCACUUGAAGAAGUAGAAACAGCUACUAUUGCUGUUCAACAAGUAAUCACGCUUUCUUCGGAAGGAACUGAAGAAAUAAAGACCCAGAAGAAAUCUGCCUUGGAAGCUUUUGCUAAAUCGAUAGAGCAAUUAGAAGAAAAAUGUUCAGCAGUGAUAAGUCAGAAGAAAGUGGAAAAGAAGUUGGAAGAAGCUGAGAAGCAACAAGCAAAGAUGGUGGAUGUUGAAAUUCUUCAGAAGAUAAGUAAUACGGUUCAUGUUUUACGCGAAUCAUUUUCUCACAUUGAAGAAGAGAAAAUGCAGCAGGUGGAAGAAUUGAAAAUACCUAAAGAGGAAACUAAUGUGAAAUUAAAUGUUCUUAUAGAACCAUUGAAUAUAUUGGAACAAGCUUUACAGACUGCAUUGCUAGAAGGUAAAAUGCUAGAAGAAGAGACUAUAAAGGAGUUGAAGAAGAGUGAAAUUCCUGUUGAUAAAUUGAAUUUGCAACCUGUAUUGGAAGAAUUACAGAAAUCUAUAAUUACUAUUCAACAGCAAACAAGUGAAACCGCAACAAUUUCAGGAGAAGUUAGUGAAGUCAGUAUGAUGCUAGCAGCAGAGAAGUCUUUGGAACAGCUGAAAUUGUCUGUGGCAGCUGUUCAGGAAAUAACAAUUGCUCAGCAAGAUCAAACAAAAGAAUUGAGGACAGGUGAAGAAAAGUCUCGAUUGGAAGCUUUUGCACGAUCGAUAGAAGAAACUGGAGAAAAACUAUUAGCUGCAGUCAAACAAUACGAAGUGAAGAAAUCUGAAGAAGUUUCGGCAAAGAACAAAGUGGUCGAAGAUUUUGUAAAAACUGUCAUUGAACCUAUUAACGAGCUACAAACUACAAUUUUGAAUAUAGACAAAGAAAGUGAAUUAUUGGGAAAGAAGAAAGAAGAAGAAAUUGUACUCUUCUUGAGCAUGGUGCAACCAUUGCACAAACUCGAAGAAUCGUUCUUAUUAGCCAUGCAGCAGGAAGCAGUAACAAAAUACGAAACUGUCAAAGAAAUUUCUCAAGCAAUACCAGCUUUACAAGAAUUACCAGUUAAAUUGACAUUAGAAGAACUUAACAAAAACGUGGCAGAAAUUCAGAAGCAACUGGUUUUUGCCAAGGAAACUUUAAGUUUAACAGGAGACGCUGAAGACUUUGCUGUAAUAAAAAAUCUAGAAAGAUCAUUAAGUGAUUUACGAACGUCCGUAGCUGUGGUGCAACAGUUGACAACGAUAGAAAAACCUGGCGAACAAAUCCUAGACGUCGAAAACGCGUCUGCGUUGCAAGCAUUUGGAAAAGCUGUGGAAGAGUUCAGAAAACAAUGUUCUGUGGCUAUCUCAAAACCAAAAGUGAUUGCUACAAUUAUAGGAACGAUUCAAUUAGAGACACCACAGAAACUUGAAGCUCAAGUUUCAGAAACAGUUACUGUUCCUGCCAAGUUAUUACAAGAAUCCAUUUCGACUAUAGCAGAGAUUAGGCUUCAAGAAGCUGAAAUAUUGGAAACAUCGGACACGAAGAAACCUAUGACGAUAUUAACCGAACUUAUCCCACCGUUGCAACGAUUAGAACAAUGUUUCGUUGCUGCAAUUCAAGGAGAACAUGUGAUAGAGCACGAUACGAAGAGUUUAGAAACUGAUAAAGUAUCACUUGAAAAGACAACUUUAAAACCAAUACUCGAAGAGUUCCAGAAAUCAAUCGCAGUGAUUGAAGAGCAUAUGAUGGUAGAAGAGGGCACGCAAAGUAUGUUAGAGGCUGAAAAUGCUUCUCAAUUGAAAACAAUGGCACAGACGUUGACAGACUUAAAAACUUCUGUGGCUGCUAUUCAACAAGCUGCUGAAUUUGCACCAGAAUCUUCAAAAGAAUUCUCUAAAGCUGAAAGUGUCGCGGCGUUUGAAACAUUUGCAAAAACUCUUCACGAUUUAGUAGAACGUGCGGCUACUAUCGAUCAACAACAGAUAAUUAUCGAACCAGCAGCAGAUACUAUCUCAGAAGAAGCCUCAUCUUUGAAGACUUGGGCAGAUGUUGUUGGAGAAGCAAAUGUUCAAGUCACAGAACCGAUAAUUGUGGAUCAAGGUACCGUAGAAUCGCCUUCAGAAAUGGCUCUUUCAAUUUCUGAAGAAGAAACACAAACUUUGAAGAGUUUGGCUAAGCCGCUCAGUGAAUUGAAGGAGUGUUUGGCGGUAAUUGUCGAAGAAAGAAAAUCAAUGGACGCGAAUGAGAUUGCUCUGGCGUUAUCCGAAAGGGAGGACAUUUCUUUAUUGAAGGCUAUGGCACAGCCUUUAUUAGAACUAAAGAACGUAGCUGUGUCUGUUAUUAACGAGCAAACAGCCAUUGAAUCUACGAAAGAGAAAUCUUUUGAUAGUGGUGAAAAGUCAGAAACCACACUAAAUCCACUAAUUGAACCUUUAGAAGAACUUCGCAAUUCGAUUGCAUUAAUCGAAGAUCGUAUGUUGGUUGAAUCUGUGGAAGAUCGACCAAUUGAUGAGGUGUCUUUGUUAUCUGCUUUAGCUGAGCCCUUGAUAACUCUGCACCGAAGCAUUUCUGUACUUGAAGAACGAGUGAUGUCUCCUGAAGUGGAACCAAUGCCAGAAGAAUCGAGUCAUUGGAUCACAGAAUGUUUGGCAGUUCCUUUGCAAGAAAUAGAAAGAUCCAUUGCUGAGAUUCGAGAGUGCGUUGUGAUGGAACCUGAGCCUGGACUUGCUGAAGAGAUGUCGAGAAUUGAUACACCAGAUUGGUCUGUCGUUGAGAAAUUGGUGCAACCGGUGGAAGUUAUAAAAUCGACAAUCAUUGAAAUGGAAGAAAAUAUUAUUAAAGGUAUGAAAGCAGAGAAGGAAAGUGAGUACGAGAUAGUGAAGACAUUGGUGCAACCAUUAGCUGACGUGCAAGAAAGUUUCUUAGUGCUGAAAAAUAAGACUGAUAUGAGUAUAGAGGAAGAAGAAGCUAGUAUCGAUGCUAUUGUGGAUUCGUUAUCUAAUCUUGAGAAGAGUAUAUCGUUUAUUGAAGAACAAGCUGCUGAAAAAUUACAAUUAGCCUCAAAUAUAACAGAAACUAUAAUUGGAUUCUUGGCUGAACCUCUGUUGCAACUGAAAGAGAAGAUUAUGACAGUGGAAGAAUCUUCGACUGUAUAUCUUGAAAACUUGGAGAAACCAUUGAAAGGAUUACAAGCUGCUUUGGAAGCUGUCCUGUCUGAUCAACGUAAGGAAGUGCAGAAGCAGAAGAAAGAGAGUGCUAUUUCUAUGGAAGAAGCUACAAGAAUAUCGACGAAGUUGAUUCACUCUAUUAAAGAAGUAAACGAUUCUAUUGAGUCGAUUGAUAAUAAGAUAGAAAGUUACAAAGGUUUGCUAGGUCUAGAGAUACAGAUUGAGAAGGAAGCUUUGAAUAUGUUGGCUAAGCCACUUGAACAACUUAAGCAGGGAAUUCAAAGUGUUUUAGAUAAACAAGAGAUUGGAGAAGAGCCGAUGGAAUCAUUGAAAAUGCUUCGAAAGGCAAUUGCGAUUGUUAGAGAACAAUCUGCUGAUAAACCUAUAGCUGAACCAUCACAUUUGGAGAUUACGGAAAUUUAUGGUGUGUUAAAAACCUUGAACAUAAGUUUGCAUGAGCUGGAAGAUUCUACCAAGAAGGUUGACGCAUUGUGGAAGGAUAGUUUAUGCGGAGAAGGGCUUGUCGAGCUCGAAACACCUAUUUUGAAUUUAAUGAAUGAUAUCAACUUGCUUCGAGAUAAAUUGCUAAAUGUACAGGUAGUGUGGGAGGAGGAUAAAGAGAAAAAGAAAAGUAAGAAGAAAGAGAAAGAAGAAGUUGAAGAAGAAAUGAAAAUAGUGGACAAGGACGAGGAUGAACGUAAGAAGGAAGAUGAAGUUGACAAACAGAAACAUAAGGAGGAAGAAAAGAAGCUGGAGGAAGAACAACAGUUGAGAGAAGACGAGGAAAAGAAGAAAAAGGGAGAAACUGAGAAACUGAAGCAGGAGGAAGAGGAACGCAAGAAAAAGGAAGAAGCUGAGAAACUGAAGCAGGAGGAAGAGGAACGUAAGAAAAAAGAAGAAGCUGAGAAAUUGAAGCAAGAGGAACAGGAACGUAAGAAUAAGGAGGAAACUGAGAUAUUGAAACAAAAAGAGGACGAACGCAAGCAGAAAGAAGCUGAGAAAUUACAAGAAGAAGAACGUAAGAAGCAAGAAACAGAGCUAAAGAAGAAACGAGAAGAAGAUGAACGUAAAAGGAAAGAAGAGGAAGAAAGACUGAAGCAGGAAGAAGAAUAUAGAAAGAAGGAAGAACAGGAAAGAUUAAUACGCGAGGAAGAAGAUCGCAGGAAAAAAGAACAGGAAGAAAAAUUGAAACACGAAGAAGAGGCUCGAAAAAAGAAAGAGGAUGCUGAGAAAUUAAAGCAAGACGAAGAGCGCAAAAAGAAAGAAGAGGCUGAAAAACUGAAGCAGGAGGAAGAGCGUAAAGAGAAAGAAGAGGCUGAAAAAUUAAAGCAAAAAAAGGAACGUAAAAAGAAAGAAGAGGCUGAAAAACUAAAGCAAGAGGAAGAGCGUCAAAAGAAAGAAGAAGCUGAGAAAUUAAAGCAAGAGGAAGAGCGUAAAAAGAAAGAGGAAGCUGAACGUAAAAAGAAAGAAGAGGCUGAAAAACUAAAGCAAGAGGAAGAGCGUCAAAAGAAAGAAGAAGCUGAGAAAUUAAAGCAAGAGGAAGAUCGUAAAAAGAAUGAAGAGGCUGAAAAACUAAAGCAAGAAGAGGAACGUAAAAAGAAAGAGGAAGCUGAAAAAUUAAAGCAAGAAGAGGAACGUAAAAAGAAAGAAGAGGCUGAAGAACUAAAGCAAGAGGAAGAGCGUAAAAAGAAAGAAGAAGCUGAGAAAUUAAAGCAAGAGGAAGAGCGUAAAAAGAAAGAGAAAGCUGAACGUAAAAAGAAAGAAGAGGCUGAAAAACUAAAGCAAGAGGAAGAGCGUCAAAAGAAAGAAGAAGCUGAGAAAUUAAAGCAGGAGGAAGAGCGAAAAACAAAAGAAGAAGCUGAGAAAUUAAAGCAAGAAGAGGAACGCAAAAAGAAAGAAGAGGCUGAAAAACUGAAGCAGGAGGAAGAGCGUAAAAAGAAAGAAGAGGCUGAAAAACUAAAGCAAGAGGAAGAGCGUCAAAAGAAAGAAGAAGCUGAGAAAUUAAAGCAGGAGGAAGAGCGUAAAACAAAAGAAGAAGCUGAGAAAUUAAAGCAAGAAGAGGAACGCAAAAAGAAAGAAGAGGCUGAAAAACUGAAGCAGGAGGAAGAGCGUAAAAAGAAAGAAGAGGCUGAAAAAUUAAAACAAGAAGAGGAACGUAAAAAGAAAGACGAGGCUGAAAAACUAAAGCAAGAGGAAGAGCGUAAAAAGAAAGAAGAGUCUGAGAAAUUAAAGCAAGAAGAGGAACGUAAAAAGAAAGAAGAGGCUGAAAAACUAAAGCAAGAGGAAGAGCGUCAAAAGAAAGAAGAAGCUGAGAAAUUGAAGCAAGAGGAAGAGCGUAAAAAGAAAGAGGAAGCUGAACGUAAAAAGAAAGAGGAGGCUGAAAAACUAAAGCAAGAGGAAGAGCGUCAAAAGAAAGAAGAAGCUGAGAAAUUAAAGCAAGAGGAAGAGCGUAAAAAGAAAGAGGAAGCUGAACGUAAAAAGAAAGAAGAGGCUGAAAAACUAAAGCAAGAGGAAGAGCGUAAAAAAAAAGAAGAAGCGGAGAAAUCAAAGCUAGAAGAGGAACGUAAAAAGAAAGAGGAAGCUGAAAAAUUAAAGCUAGAAGAGGAACGUAAAAAGAAAGAGGAAGCUGAGAAAUUAAGGCAAGAAGAGGAACGUAAAAAGAAAGAAGAGGCUGAAAAACUAAAGCAAGAGGAAGAGCGUAAAAAGAAAGAAGAGACUGAGAAAUUAAAGCUAGAAGAGGAACGUAAAAAGAAAGAGGAAGCUGAAAAAUUAAAGGUAGAAGAGGAACGUAAAAAGAAAGAGGAAGCUGAAAAAUUAAAGCAGGAGGAAGAACAUAGAAAGAAAGAAGAAGCACAAAAAUUAAAAGGGGAGAAGAAGCGUAAAAGGAAGGGAGAAACUGAGAAACUAAAACAGGAAGAAGGACGUAAACAUCAAGAAGCUGAACAAUUAAAACAGGAGGAGGAGGAAAGUAAGAAGAAAGAAGCAGCUGAGAAAUUAAAACAAGAACAAGCACGUAAGGAACAAGAAGAAACUGAGAAAUUAAAUCAAGAGGAGGAACGUAAGAAGAAGGAAGAAGCUGAAAAAUUAAAACAAGAAGAAGAGCGUAAGAAAAAAGAAGCUGAGAAAUUGAAACAAGACGAAGAUCUUAAGAAGGAGGAGGAAGAAAAACGUAGGAAGGAAGCACAAGCUGAAAAGUUAAGACAGGAAAAGGAACAGCAGGAGAAAGAGGAGGCUGAGAGAAAGAAACAAGAGGAAGAAGCACGUAGAAAGAAAGUGGAUGAAGAAGAAAAGAUUGAAUCGGAGGUAUUGGAACAAAAAGAAGAAAAGUUAAGUAAAAGGAUAGAAAAACGAAGAUUACAACAGGCGGAUGAUGAGCGCAAGGAACAGGAAGAAGCAGAAAAACGGAAGAAGGAGCAGGAGCAGAGAAAACGCGAAAAGGAAGAGCGUGCGAAGAAAGAGGAAGAGGAAAGGCUCAAACAUGAAGAAGAGGAGCGCAAAAGGAAAGAAGAAAGGGCGAAAUUGAAAAAAGAAGAAGAAGAACGCAGGAAAGCUGAAAAAGCAGAAAAAUUAAAGAGAGAACUGGAACGAGAAGACCAGAGACGAGAAGAAAUCAGGCGUCGAAGAGAAGAACAAGAGAAACAGAUAAGACAAGAAGCCGAGAAAGUUAGGAAAGCUGAAGAAGAACGGUUAAGAAAAGAAGACGAAACGCGCGAACGUAGAAGAAGGGAACGUGAACAAAGAAGGCAGGAAGAGGAAGCGAAAUUACGCAGGGAAGAAGAAGAAAGACUUCAAAGAGAAGAAGAACGCAGGAGAAAGAGAAAAGAAGCUGAAAGACAAUGGAACGAAGAUAAAGAAUCUAUGAGGAGGAGGGAAAUUGAACGUUUGGAAAGAAGAAGAGCUGAAGAGCGUCAGAAUAGAGAAGAAUCUGAACGUUCGAGGCGGGAAGAUGAAGAAAGGAGAUGCAGAAGGGAAACAGAAAGGCAAUUAAGAAGAGAAGAAGCAGCGCGAGAAAUGAAGGAAGAAGAAGAACGCGUAAGAAGACGACAGGAAGAAGAAGCAUCCAGGCUUCGUAGACGAAGACAAGAACAACUAAGAGACGAUACUUGGUCCAAAAUAAGACAAAGCGAAUCGGAUCAAUUAUUUAGAAAAAUGGCGGAUGACGCGCUUCGAAUUGGAAGAAUGAAAGCUGGUUCUUCUGACGUGGAAUUUUGGCGGGACAGACGAGACAAAUCUUAUCGACAUGACUCUGGUUUCGAUUCGGGGCUCUCUAGCACUUCUAGAUCGUACAGUUGGAGGGAUUCCCUGACAUCUUUGACCAGGAAGAGAAUCGAUGAUUUUCUUGAUUAUAAACUGAGGGAUACUCCGAUCGAUAGAUACUACUAUGAUACUGGGACGUAUUACAGAAGAAGAAGAAAAAGGGACGAUCAAAUUACUCGAACAAGAUCUAUUAGUUUGUUGAAGUACGAUGACUAUUCGACGGGUGAUAGUGACACGACUAUUACAGCUGCCACUGUUAGCAAACCACCGAGAUACACUAGUAGAACAAAGACUACUUCACGAAUUGAUUUGAACGAACGCGGUUCGAAUUUGUCUAUCUAUUUGCCACCUAUCAAGGACGAGCUUACACCACGUGAUAAGGGAAAGAAGCCAUCGUUCUGCACAAGAUUGACGAAUAGAACCGUAGGAGUUGGUAUGAGGACGAGAUUAACCUGCACCGUACUUGGACACCCAGAACCGAGAGUUUACUGGACAAAAGAUGGCGAGAAGCUUGACAUAACUACGAACAAAUAUAAAACUCGAUUCGAUAAUGGUAUGGCUUAUUUUGAAUUGCACGAAGCACUCCCUGAAGAUUCCGGAUUGUAUACCUGUGUUGCCGAAAAUAUUCACGGAAUCGCGACCACCGAAUCCACAUUAAAAGUUUAUCCCGAUUUCCAACCAACAUUGUCACCCCCCACUUUUACAAGAUCUAUCAAAGACACUUAUCGACCAUCUGACAAUGAGUUGAUCCUGGAAUGUCGAGUUCGUGGCCAUCCAAUACCGAUCAUCUCCUGGUUGAAAGACGGUUGCAUUCUUCAAGGCGAUCGAUUCAGACAAUGUUACUUAGACGACGGUAUCUACCGGUUGGAAAUUGCUGCACCCAAUUCAACGGACAGCGGUCGAUAUACCUGCAGAGCAAUGAACGAUCUACGAACCGAAGAGAUAUCGCAUGUCGUUCAAUUCAACGAACGGGAACGACGAAUCGUGGCCAAACACGAGAAAUCGUUCGACGACUACUUCAACAUCGAAACUUACAAGAGACCGCGAUUUUCUAGCUACUUGAGCGAUUACAGCGUUCCCAAAGGCGGUACUAUUGCCUUGCAAGUCGAAGUCAAAGGUGUUCCGGCACCUGAAGUAAGAUGGUUCCGCGGCGAAAGACGAGAACCGGUCUCCAUCCCGAAAGCGAAGACGUUCAUAGAAUCUGGUGUUCACACGUUGGUUUUACCGGAAGUCACUGAAUCAGAAAAGGGCACGUACAUUUGCAGAGCUAUUAACGCUUAUGGCCACGUAGACAGUAUCGCUACUGUAGAUGUAAUAUCACCUAGCGCCAUGGAUGGUGAAAAGCCGGCCAUGUUCGUUUCCAGACCCUCGGAAAAAUCAAUUACAGUUACUGCUGGAGAGGACGUCAGUGUUUCCUUUAGGUUCUGCGGAGUACCUAAACCUCGUGUUACGUGGAUGAAGGGAUUAAAAGACAUCACGGACGGUCCUCGAUCUUACAAAGAAACUAUCGACGAUUACGUGAGACUAACACUGAAGAGAGUGGUACCUUCGGACGAAGGCACGUACUGCAUUUUGCUUAAGAACAGAUACGGUUGUGACAGAAGUUUCUUUUCGAUCAAGGUAAAACAACGGGCAAGAUCUCUGACACCUGACUGGAGCACUUUGAGCAGUCGUACCGAGACCGGAAGUUGCAUCGGUCUGUCCAGCGAGAGUCGCGACGAAGAUCUACCCUACGUGAAAAAUGUUCCAGGACCAAUUACGAGCGAACCGGUGGUAGUUGACGGAGGAAAGAACUGGUUGUCUUUGAGUUGGGGAAAAGCAGAAAGGAGAGGACCAGCGCCUGUCAUCGCAUACAAAGUCGACGCUUGGUUGCUGGGCAGUGACGGUGGUGCACGAUGGGUCGAGCUGGGUAUGACACCAAUCAACGCGUUCGACGCGUUCAAUCUGAAACCGGGUGGCGAGUACAAGUUCCAAGUAACACCAAGGAACCGUUAUGGAUGGGGCGAGUCCGUCACUAUGACGAAUUCCGUCAAGGUCAGCGAAAUCGUCGAUCUUCCGGAGUUCACGAAGAUUUUGCCAGGUCAGCUCAAAGUGCUCGAGGGGGCCACAGUCAAAUUGGAAUGCGAGAUACGGGCUGAUUCGAAGGUAGACAUAAAAUGGUACCACGAAUCGAUGGAAAUUGAUCCCAACGGUGACUCUAGAUUGUCGAUUUAUCACAGUGCAACCAGGUGUUGUUUGACGAUUGAAAAUGUUCAGGAAAUCGACAGUGGCAGAUAUGUUUGCGAGGCGGGUAAUUCGAUUGGAAAGGUUUCAUCGUUUGCUAGGGUACUCGUUGUUAAUGAUCCGAAGAUCAUUGAGGCUGAUGAGAAACUUAGAUCGAGAGGCUUGGGAGACGAAACAGAAGACAGACCACCACAAUUCACAAUGAGAGUUCGAGAUAGAAGAGUUCAAGCAUCUUUUCCCGUUAGACUCACGUGUCAAGUGACAGGAUAUCCGGCUCCAGAAGUCACAUGGUAUAAGGAUGCCGAAGAGAUUCGACAAGAUGAACGUCACGUAUUCUGGAACAAUGAUUCGAACUUCUACACUCUGGAGAUUAUUCACUCCAUGUUGGAAGAUUCUGGCUGUUACAUGGUUAUGGCGAAGAACGCGAGUGGUUCGGUGUCCUGUCGGUGUAUCCUGGUAGUAGACAAAGGAAUUCGCGCUUACAUUGCUCCAGAAUUCCUGUGUGGCCUUGACGCUGUUUAUACCGCGAAACUAGGCGGAGAUCUGCGGAUGACAGCUCAAAUAGAAGCUUAUCCCAGUGUUGGCAUCGUAUGGCAUCGCGACGGAAUUCGUUUACGUCCAAGCAGAAGAGCAGUAAUGACCUUGAACCACGAUGGUACCGUCGAGUUGUGCUUGGCCAAGGUCACUCAAAGGGAUGCUGGCAUUUAUUGUUGUACAGCUACAAACGAAGUUGGCUUUGCCGAAACUUCAACAAGAGUAUCCAUUAUUGGCACUGAAACGCAAGAUGACGAGAUGUCCGCUGAAGGAGUGCCAACUGUAACGAUCGUGUCCACGCCAGACAUACCAUACUCGAAGGAACCUCUCUUCGUCACAAAACCACUGUCUACCGAGGCGAUUGAAGGCGACAAUGUUAUCAUAUCCUGUGAGGUGGUAGGUGAUCCGAAACCGGAAGUGAUGUGGCUGCGCGAUUUUCUCAGGCCUGAUUACUACAGGGACGCAGCCCACUUCCGGCUGGUCGGCGAAGGACCUCAGUAUCGGCUGGAGAUACCGUACGCGAAACUCGACUUUACGGGAACGUAUUCCGUAAUAGCGCGGAACUGCCAUGGGGAGGCCAAAGCCGUGAUUUCUUUGCAGAUCUACGCGAAAGGUCAAGGCAAAGAGGAGAAAAUGAAGAAAUCAGGGGUCACACACGGAAAGGUGCUGACUUUGCCGAUAGUUACGAGGGAGCUGCGAGAUCUGAGAUGUUGCGACGGCGAUGCUGUUACCCUUGAAUGCAAGGUACACGCUACUCCCGAGGCGCCAUUGGUGCGUUGGGAACGUGGAGGAAAGAUUCUACAAAUGGGUGGCGAUUUCUCCGCUGACUUUGAUGGAGAAACCGCGCGUCUGUGCAUCCAACAUGUUUAUCCGGAAGACGAGGGCGAAUACACAUGCGUGGCAUAUAACGACCUUGGAAAAGCAUUCACGUCAGCCUGCCUAAUAGUGGAUGUGCCUGAAGGGAAAGAGAAUGUUUUGAGCCAAAGAUUAACGAGGCCCGCAGGACUUCUAUCGGCCGGAUCGACGCCGAGGUCGACGCCACGCUCAACACCGAUCAGGAGUUUAUCUCCCGCAGUUUCGCAUGGUCGAGAAUUAAGGUCUCCGCAGCUUCUUCCACGAAGUAGGUCGAUGUCAAGACGGCCAAAGAUCAGUCCACCGAAAUUUUACGCAGUUCCGCACAAUCGCGUGGUCGAGGAAGGGGAAACCGUGCGAUUCCAAUGUGCUGUAGUUGGCCACCCGUCACCAUGGGUGAAAUGGGACAAAAAUGGCAUAAUUGUCACGCCGACUGCUAGAAUCUCGAUAAAGGAAAGAGACGACGUAAAGAUAUUGGAAAUCGUCGAAGUGACCCAAGAAGACGCAGGACUGUACAGAGUGAUCGUGGAGAAUGAUUAUGGUCGUAUCGAAGCCAGUGCCCGCCUGGAAAUAAUUAAUCGUCAAUUACUUGGGUCGGUUGCCAGAACAAUCAGAACUAGGAGCGCAUCGCCUAGAACGUAUCCAUCUUUUAGCCGAAGCCUCUUAGACACAACUAGCAGAAUAAACGGAAGAUUAUAUCUCGAUUGCGGUAUUAGAGGAACGCCUAGUCUAACACCAACGUGGUUCAGAAAUGGACGCCCGUUGGAACGAUCGAUUCGAGUAAAAAGGUACUUCGACGGGACAACUGCGAAAGUCGAAAUUUUGAAAGUGAAAGCGAGCGACGCGGGUGAGUACACCUGCGUGGCAACGAACGUCCUUGGUUCUACAAAGAAUUCUUGUCAGGUGACCGUUCUUGAUUCUCAUAAUCCGUCUACGUGCGACAAAGAUCCACCGAAAUUCUUACAAUCUCUUCCAGAAGAAUCGAUUGUCAUGGAAGGUCACUGUUACGAACUACAGGCGAGACUUGCGGGUACACCGCCUUUUUCGGUGACUUGGUUAAAGGAUGGUCGUGAGAUACCUGACAACGAUUACCAUAAAUACGUCAUAUAUGGUGACGGUGGCGUCGCACUAAGAUUAUCCAAUGUUUGUCCACAAGAUGCUGGCGAGUAUACUUGCCUCGUUCGCAAUAAUUUCGGAGAGGUGUCUAGUAACGGCCUGUUUGCUGUUCAAGAUUACAAAGGUAUUCCGAAAUUGGCGCCGCAGUUCACGAAAACUCCUGUGUCGGUCAUUACACCGAAAGGUGAGACUGCCUGUUUCUGUGCUCGGGUGCAAUGUGGAAAACCCAUGGAAAUCACGUGGACGAUCAAUGGAAAGGACAUCAGAGAAAAUUCAAGGUGCAAGGUUGAAAGAGACGAUAACGUUAGCAUUCUUAGGAUACACGAUGUACAACCGCGAGAUAUCGGUGAGAUUCGAUGCACCGCAUCCGUGACUGGUAAAGGUCCGUCGAUUAGUUGCACAGCAGAACUACGAUUGCAGCGAACGGUACAGAAUUUCGAAGAAUCGAGACGUCACGAUACGCUGGAAACUAACAACGAAAAGCCACCAAAGGCUAUUAACUGUAGCCGUAACAAUUCUGUGCGAAAGACAAGAAGAGACAUUCUCUCUUCCCCUCGAAAUCAAUUACACGAGUCUCCUAUGCGAAUCAGAUCAUCCUCGUUGCCUCUCAGAUCUACUUCAAGUUCUAAACAACUGUCUCCUGCACCCGCGAGGAAGAAUAUUCUUCAAAGUCCGUUACUCGAUACCAGGAAGACACUGACGACCAACAAAACGAAUAAAAGAAAAGUUCGCGGCUCGAAAAAGUUGGAACGUAAAGUUACUCAACAAGUGCGCUACAAAUCGAGUGAACACAGAAUUUCGUCGUCUUCAGACGAGGAAGAAGCAAAGGAUAUUUGUAAAGAAAAAUCUUCUGAAGUAUCGAACGAAAAUAUAUCAAAAUUAGUUGAAAACAAAGAAGAAUGUAUAACGAGUUUAACAAAGGUUUCUGAUCCGUGUAAGACUGGUAACAAUGCGAAACAAAUUCAAGAUAACUAUAAUAAACACGAUAAUACACCUAUAAUAUGCAUGGAAAGUGCUCUGCAAGAGUUGGAGGAGGAUUCGAUUGUAAGGAAGGAAGAAAUCGUGACGAAAGAGGAGGAGAAAGUUACUAUUAGGUCGGAGGAACUCGUGGCUGCCAGUAUCGUAAAGGUACCGGCUGACGUCACAGUUUUCCGCGGAAACAGAGUAGUCCUCAGGGUCACGUAUCGAGGUCAUCCGGAACCAGUCGUCAAGUGGCUUCGAGCAGGUCGAGAGUUGACUGCAAACAAAAAGACUGCUAUUACCUACGGCGGUGGAGUGUCCUGCUUAAUAUCGGACGAUGUGACCGCCGAUAAUGCCGGAAAAUAUGAAGUAUCCGUAGAAAAUAAACUGGGAAAGGACCGACGGUGUUUCAGCGUUGCUGUUGAAGGUCCACCAGACCCGCCAGCGAGUGUUCCAAACAUAUGCUGUUCUACAGGGGCAACGACCAUUAAUUGGCGAUCGUCUCCCUACGACGGUGGUUGCACGGUUACCGGUUAUACCGUGGAAAUGAACCGUGCCGAUGAAAACACUUGGAUGACGAUCGCAGAAUCCUGUCUUUCGUUGAGUCUCACGCUACCAGCUGUUGGAACAGACACCGUGGUACCGGGUGAAAGAUAUCGUUUCCGCGUAAGAGCUGAAAACAUACAUGGGGUUAGCGAACCUGGAGAGGAAUCUGAAUUUGUUCGAAUUCCGAAACAAGGGGAAACGUGUUUGCAAGACGACGAAGACGAAUUCAAGCCACCGUUCGAAGCUCGAAUAGUGGAAAUGGAAGAUGGACAAUUGUUUAAUCAUCGAUACGAAAUAUUGGAGGAAUUGGGCAAAGGUCGAUAUGGAACUGUACGGAGGGUGGUGGAGAAAUCUUCAGGUACGAGCUUCGCGGCAAAAUUUGUCAGGACCAUCAAAACAAAGGAUCGAGAGCAAGUUCGAGAGGAAAUUAGAAUCAUGAACAUGCUGCGACAUCCAAAACUCCUCCUUUUGGCGGCUGCUUUCGAGAGUCCUCGAGAAAUCACGAUGGUUACGGAGUAUAUUUCUGGUGGCGAACUUUUCGAGAGAGUUGUUGCUGACGAUUUUACUCUGACCGAAAGAGACAGUAUACUGUUCAUGAAACAAAUUUGCGAGGGUGUCGAAUAUAUGCAUCAGAAUAAAGUGGUGCACUUGGACCUGAAGCCGGAGAACAUAAUGUGUCGAACACGAACUUCCCAUCAAAUAAAACUCAUCGAUUUUGGUCUAGCACAGACACUCAAACCAGACACACCGAUCAGAGUCCUUUUCGGCACACCAGAAUUCAUUCCACCAGAAAUAAUAAGUUACGAACCGAUCGGUACCGAAUCGGACAUGUGGAGCGUCGGUGUAAUAUGUUACGUUCUCUUAACCGGUUUAUCACCAUUCAUGGGCGACAAUGACGCCGAGACCUUCGCCAACAUUACUCGAGCUGACUACGACCUGGAAGAUGAGGCCUUCGAUGCGAUUUCCAACGACGCUAAGGACUUCAUCAGCAGCCUACUUGUCAAACGGAAGGAAUCGCGAAUGUCGGCGAGACAAUGUUUGGAACAUGCUUGGAUGGCGCAACACGCGGAAGCCAUGAGUAGGAUAGCUUUGCCGACAGAAAAGCUGAAGAAAUUCAUCGUACGAAGAAAGUGGCAGAAAACAGGAAAUGCCAUUCGUGCACUGGGAAGGAUGGCGAUACUUUCAGCGAACAGCAGACGAAGUCCAACAGCGACCGCAGAAUCCUCGCCAACCUCGGAUCCCUCGAAUCCCAUUGAAUCGCCACGAAUGAUCGAUUUUGACGUUUCAUCGAACGAACAAAAGUCAUGUGACAUUGACGACGCGAUAGAAAAGAAUAACGGGAGCACGAGCGAGCUAGAUACUCGAGAAAGGAACCUGUAUUCGUUCUGUUAUAAGACAAAGAUGAACAUCUCGCCAGAGGAAACGUUAGACCCGUCUCCAAAGAAAGAAACACGCGUAUCGUCGGACCUUGACGAGUCGUCAUUGAAAAAUGAACCGACAACGGAUCACGUGGGAUCGUGUUCUCAGAGAAAUGGAUCCGGAGGGACCCGAGAAACUGAUACAGUUGAGGAAACUGAGGGCCAGAACGAAGUUCAGUCAGAGGAACUGCUUCCUAUGGAGAGAAUCGAAGAGGAAACCGAAAUUGUGACGCGAUGUCAGGUCGAGGAGCGCACCUUGAUAACCGAAGAAAUUUCGAUUUUGACGAGUGUAACCGUGGAAGGAAAAAGUUUGAUCGACUUCAAUGACAAAUCGGAAUCUUAUCAGGAUUUACUUUGGGAUGAGGUUACUACAAAAUCAACGAUCAGUGAUGAGAUUAAUUCUCCGGAAUUAAUGACUUCAGAAUGCAAACAAAACUCGACUUGGAACGUCGAAGAGAAGACGGUCAGUGAGGAUACAGUUAUGGAAAUAGACAAGGAAUUGAAGCAGAAGACGGACCAAGAAUCGAGUGUAAACUCGCAGAAAUCGCGUCGGGUUUUCAGAGGCGACUCGCGAGAUUCUGGGAUCGGAGAUUGUAUUUCCAAUUUAUCCGCGUCUUCGCAACAAGUGAACGAACUGGGUAUUUCGUCGAUUAAGGAAGAGGAGGCGGACAACGAAAAUAAUAGCGGCAACCUUAAAAACGUGUUACAAAAGGUGGAGCAAUUUGAAAGUCGUAGGACAUCGCUCGAGGAAAUCAGCGAAAUGUCAGACGCAGGAAACACUGAAGUUUCGGACCCAAAGAAACAUACCAAAGGAAGUAUCGAGGUAGCUACACUGAGUGGUGUGACUAAAGCUUCGCGUGAAAUUAAUCGACAGCAUGAAGUGCCCGACGAAAUUGAGGACCCAAGGCUACUAAUCGGAAGAAUUCGUAACAAGUUCGUUCCGACCGGAAACGUGAGUCGUACCGCCAAAUUAUUCGAGAAAGAGGCAGCAGAAUCGAAAUCACCGACGAACGUACCGCAAGUGUCGCAACGUACAAAUCCUGUGGUCACUAUGACGCCAGGAAAACCACACAACGAGAGGAUACAAAAAGCUUUCGCUUUUUGGAAUAAAUAAGCCGUGAACGAGUGCAUAUGAGUCAUCAUCGAUAUCACUCGGAGAAUGACCGGUAUUUUUCGAUAAAUUGACGAAUAUUUUAAAAAUCGUUUGACCGAAACUGUAUAUGGUAUUAUACCUAAAAGUGUUAUUUUCGUGUUUUAAAAGAGUCACGGAUGAAUAGAAUUAUUAAUAAUAUAUAAGUUGUUUUUUAAACAUCGAAACGUGCGUUGUGUUAUUGCACAAACAAUAAUUUAAUCAUACACCAAACCUCGUUAAUAAUUAUGAAAAUGAAACAAAAAAAAAAAACAGGAACUUUAUCGACGCGAUAGUGACGAGUUGAAGUUUAGUCUAAAACAAUUCUAAUCGCAAGAAAAGAAAAACAUAUUUAUUUAUUUAACGACAAGUUUCUUAUCAGCCCCACGUAGCCUGAGAUGAAUAUUUAUAGCAUAGGUACAACAUAUUUACAAUUUAUUUCAUUGCCAUUCUUUAUCUCUUCUUCUUCAUCGAAAUUGCACUGAAAAACAUUUCGGCGCAUUGAAAUCACGAAUAAGACUUGACCUUUGACAUUUACAUUUUCUGUUGUGUAGAUAUCUUCGAUGAUUUCGAGAGUUUGGAUUUCGAGAUACUCGCAAAUUUAUUGCAAACGAGAAAGAAAGAUGCGUUUGCAUGGUCGAUGCGUGUAAAUAGCUGUCAGUAACAUUUUACAAGCGUAGAAAUAUGUAAUGUAUUUAUUACUUCCUUUGCACCCUUUGCUUUCUUACAAACGUAAGAAAGUGAUUACAUGUAUUAUUAUAAAUUACAUGUGAAUAAAAAGAAAUGAAAAUUC